GCCGUGCCACCACCAUCCAUUAAGCCAGACAUGGCCCUACCGUUACUUGUCGGCGAGGCAGAAUGCGGACCAGUGAACCCACUGCAGGGUCUUUCGAAACGGUUUGAUCAGGACCGAGGCGUACAGCAGGAUCAGUUCGGUAUAGGACGUGCUGGGCCUUCAAGACAAACAUUUCGCACUCAGCAAGCAGCUCCAAUUGUCGAUCAAGAUGCUGCCCGUUUCUUCUCCGCGAGUCCGCCUCUACCGCUCACCACGAGUCGUGCAUUCGAUUUUUCCGCUGUCGGUUCUUCCCUUCCAGCGAUACACGCACAGAAAGAUAAUCACCAACAGCCAAGUGUGUUGUCUGGAUGGGCCGCUGAUUUUAUGCUCCAGCAACCCACCGCGAGUUCAGCGUCACACGAACAAGUUGCAGCAAUCAGCCCGAGCUCUCAAAGAUCGUCGACACCCCAUUUACACUAUUCACUACCAUGGAACAGUGCGGCUGCACACGGCCCAGCUCAAAGACCCGCUUUUCUCCCUCAGUUGUCGAUGAAUAUUUCGAACCCGCAAUCGGCUAUGCACGAUACUCAGCUGUCUUGGGAGAAAGAAUUCGAGUCGCAGGAGCAACUACAUGUACAAGAAGAUCAGUUUCGUCAACUACAGGGAGAACAAGAUGAGUUGGCGCGAACGGCUGGGAUGCUCUUGGAAACUGUCCAGGGUGAACAUAAUCCCAAGUUUCAGAAUAGUCAGUUCAUGGGGUUGAUGAGACAAUUGAGGGAUCGAACCAUUGUUGUCGAUGGGAAUCAGAUGGUAGAGAACGAUGGAAGUUAUGCUCCGACGACCUAUUCUACGCCGUCUGCCAGUUUGAAAGGAAAGGGCAAGGCCGUUGAACAGCUACCAAUGGGUCAAAUUGCCUCCGCUUCUCGCACCAGGGAAAAUCUGAAUGCUAUUGAUCAGCUGGAUAUCAAUGACGCCUAUUUCAAGCAAGAAAAUGCGGAAUAUUCUCAGUUCUGGAGCAACGUCCAAGCAACGAGACCCAACCAAGUUGCCGCCAACCCGACUUGGGAUCGCUUGCAGAAUGACUGGGAUCGCCUUGAGGCCGAAGCAUCAGCAAUCAGGCCGUUGAAUAACUAUCAAUUUCAGGAAAACAAUCCAUAUCUUGUUGGGGACUCGACAAGAACGAGGAACCACAGAAUGCAUUCUGAUGAGCGUCUGUCCGUCUUUGAGAGCGUGCUGGAACUCGAAGCGGCCGUACAGAGAGAUAUCACGAAUGCUAAGGCCUGGUACGAGCUCGGUGUGAAACAGCAAGAGAACGAGAGAGAACAAAAGGCUUUGCAGGCCCUCGGCAGGGCAGUUGAACUGGAUCCGGGACACAUCGAAAGUUGGUUAGCUCUUGCUAUUUCGCAGACAAAUGAUGGGAAUCGUGGCGGGACCUAUAGCGCAGUGUGGGAAUGGGUGCAAAGAAAUCCCAAUCCUAGGUAUGCAUCCUUAUGGAAAGAACUUCCUCGCCAGGUAGAUGAGUGGACACCUGAAAGAUGUCAGGCUUUGGUGGGGUGCCUGAUGGGCAUGGCACGUCUUGACCACGAUGCUGGAGGGAUAGACGCCGACGUGCAAAUUGCUCUCGCUGUGCUAUUCAAUAGCAGUGAGGACUAUACCAAAGCACAGGAUUGCUUUCGUACGGCGCUUGCGGUCAGACCAGAUGACUGGCUUCUGUAUAAUCGUGUCGGAGCAACCAUGGCUAACAGUGGUCACGCUGAAGAUGCACUGCAGUAUUACUACCGGGCCCUUGAAAUGAACCCUACUUAUAUUCGAGCAAGAUUUAAUUUAGGGAUUUCGUGCAUCAGUUUGAGGCGAUACGAGGAGGCAGCACAACACAUAUUGGACGCACUGGCGCUCCAGGAUGCAGACUCGGCCCCGGAUAGCGAAAAGCUGAAUGACAAACGAGGCAUAAUGAGUCGUGCACUAUGGGACAGUCUAAAGACUGCAUGUCUGCAUAUUCAGAGGUUGGAUCUGGCAGUGUUAUGUGACCAGAAAGAUCUCCAAGGUUUUCGAGACAAGUUUACGAACUUGGAUGUGUAGAGGGAUUUGAGUAUUGCUCAGAUAUACAGACUUUACGCGAAAAGAUUGUUUACGAUAAAAAUUGACCGUUUCGGAUCACAGCAAAUUCUGCGUGAUGGUCCGACCCUCCUUGGUUCGGCCGUAGACGAUGUACUAGUAGCAAGCUGUCACUGAAGGCAAAUGGCGACUGUCCUCAUUGGCUGUUGGGGCUUCAUUGAUGCAGAAAUAGUACUUUACCGGCUGUCAUAAUUCGUCGCGUCGUUUGGCUGACUGAAUGAAAGGGCAGACACUGCUCAUGCUGCA